GGGACCCAUUUCCCCAAAAAUACAACAAAAAGAAAACAGGGGAAGGGAAAGAAAAGCUGUGAAUGAAGUUUGGGAAUGAUCUCAUCUCUCCCCACCCUUUCUUCUUCUUCACAAUCAAAGACAAGUGGAAGAAUUCCCAUUUCCACUUUAUUUUAGGGUUUACGAACGUCCAUAAUUGUUUCUUCACAUAUGCUUCAACCUACCUCUCUAAUCUGUGGAGCACUUUUCAGUUUAUUUAUAACAGUGAGGAGCUCUGGACCAACUCAAGAUUUAUAAUGUAUUCGACGAUUCCUGCUUUUGAAGUCAAUGGACCAUCCAAUCUAUGGUUUUGCAAAAAAGGUUUAGUGGUGUUGAUGCAUAUCGGCAUGGCAGGAUAACUCAACUCUGAGGAGCAGGGUCUUAGCGGUGGAUUUGAUCUGAUUUGUUGCACUGUGAUGGGCUCCUUAAAAUUUAACUCUGAAAUUGUUGAGUCGAAAGAAGAGUUAAGGUCAGUUAUGCCCUCUGAAAAGUUUCAUUCUGCAAGAACAGCGGAAAGAGACUGGAAGCCUCAGGGGAUGAAAAGACUAUCCAAUAAGUAUAUUGAAGACGAUAUCAACCAGCUAUUUGCGGGAAUAGAUAUCCGGAAAUCAGCCAGUUUGGAUUUGUCCGAGAGAGGGAAAAGAGAUGCCUCAAAAAGGCCAAUGAGGGGUAGCGGUGGACCUAAUUCAUCACCAGUUAUUGGAUUCUCAGACCCCGUCUCUAUAAAGCAAGCACUCCGAGGACUAUGCAUUUCUCAGGCAGCAGAAGUGGCUGCAAUGAAAAGAUCAUCCAUGGUCUCUGGUUCUCCCAGGUUCUCAUACAGGUCGGAUGAUGGAUCUUCCAGUUUUGCUUCUAAUAAGGUCCUUCCCCAUCUACAAGCGUCCUCCUCGAGAUCAUUAAACCCUAGCGCCCAUUCUUCUCCAAGAUAUGUAAUGAGACCGGCCAAUAUUCAUCGUAACAAUAAUAGUAGUAAUAAUAAAAUAGUGCCUGCUCCGUUAUCAGAGAAUGAAAUUUCAAAAAUUGCAGAAGAAAACCCCGCCCAGCCCCCCAAAAAUCUCCAAAAAGCUACUCCCAGCCAACAAAAUGUUUCCUUAACUCAACCCGUUAAGGAACCGAUUUCCCAGACUAUUGAGUCAAUUAUAAUGCAAGAAGAAGAGGAAGAAGUGGAAGAAGAAGACCAAACUACUUCAAUUCCUUCCUGCAAAUCCAGUAAUGGUUCAGUCGUGCUGGAUGAGUGUAAUUCAGGCCCAAGCAGGGUGACAAGCAGUCCAUCCAAACCCCAUAAGCUUAGGCGGAGAGGUAUACCCUUACCGAAUGCAGGAAAGAGCAGUAAGGAUACUAAGACAAUUGCCCGGAACAGAAAACUUCCCAAAUCAAAACCUAACCUGGAGCCGGAACAACAAGUCUUGGACAAUUCGGCUCGCUCGUCCGUCACUGUUAUCUGCCAAAGAUGUCAGUGUGAAUUAAAGGAUGUGAGGGAUGAUUCGAGCAAGAAGAUCAAAGACCCCCUCCCUAUAGAAGUAAGUACUUGUUCUGACAAACCUGAUUUUGAGGUGAAUCAGGUUUCGAAGUUAAGAGGAGAGUUUUCCCAGAGCUCGAAGAGUAGCAUUGGCGAUUACAGCUGUAGCACAACGGUUAGCGAAGAGAGCAAUAACAGUGGGUCCAGUUUCGGAACCAAACGACACAUGUCUAAUGAUACAAGAUGGGAAGCUAUCAAUUUGGUGAGGAAAAAUCACGGGUUUUUGGGCUUGGGUCAUUUCAGCCUGCUGAAGAAGCUUGGCAGUGGAGAUAUUGGGACUGUGUAUCUUGCCGAACUGGUUGAAACGAACUGCUUGUUUGCGAUAAAGGUUAUGGAUAAUGAGUUCUUGGCCAGAAGGAAGAAGAUGCCUAGAGCGCAAACUGAGAGAGAGAUAUUAAGAAUGCUGGAUCAUCCUUUUCUGCCUACGUUGUAUGCACAGUUUACAUCAGAUAACUUAUCCUGUUUGGCUAUGGAAUUCUGUCCCGGUGGGGAUCUUCAUGUGCUCCGGCAAAGACAGCCUGGGAGAUAUUUUCCUGAACCAGCAGCAAGAUUUUAUGUUGCGGAAGUCCUCCUGGCGCUAGAGUAUUUGCAUAUGCUAGGUGUGGUGUACCGUGAUUUGAAGCCUGAAAACAUUAUGGUCCGCGAAGAUGGUCACAUAAUGCUCACAGAUUUUGACCUGUCAUUGAGAUGCUUGGUUAACCCCACUCUUCUAAAGCCAUCACCGUCAGCUCCUUUGGAUCCAGCUAGGAUAUCCGGCCCGUGUGCUGGAUCCAAAUGCAUUGACCCUUUUUGUGCUGGACCGUCAUGCAAAGUUUCAUGCUUUACUCCUUGGAACAAACCUCCCACACCAAGAUCAAGCAAGUUAGUAGUUGAAUCUUCAUCCUUUGAUCGGUCAUUGCCACAAGUUGUAGUUGAGCCAACGGAAGCUAGGUCUAACUCUUUUGUUGGGACACAUGAGUAUUUGGCUCCGGAGAUCAUCAAAGGUGAAGGCCACGGGAGUGCAGUUGAUUGGUGGACACUAGGUGUGUUUCUUUAUGAACUUCUCUAUGGCAAGACGCCUUUUAAAGGUGCCGGAGUUGAUCAAACUCUGGGCAAUGUGGUGUUACAGAACCUCAGGUUCCCUGAAAGCCCUAUUGUCAGUUUCCAGGCCCGUGACUUGAUCAGAGGGCUUCUGGUAAAGGAGCCUGAGAAUCGGUUAGGAUCCAAAACCGGAGCAGCUGAGAUUAAGCGGCACCCGUUUUUUGAUGGUCUGAAUUGGGCACUAAUACGGUGUACCACUCCACCUCAAGUGCCUGAGUUCUGCAUCAUCGAAGAUCCAACUAUUGAAUUGCAUGAUGAGAGCAACAAAAACCUCAUAGAGAACACCUCCAUGGAUAGUCGCGUAGAAUUCCAGUUGUUUUAGCAAACAAUGCACAAUUUGUAACAUAUGAUGUCCGUAGUAUGUAAUAAUGAAUCCCCGGGUUGGUAGUAAUAAAUAUUUGAUGUUAUAACUGUAAUGUAAAGGUUCAGAACAAGCUUUUAUUUUAGAUACAUUAGUCACUUCACAUUUCAAUUUUGUUCCAUCAUGUCUUGUUCUUGACUUGUGCGUAUAUAAUUUCUUUCAUA